AUGGAUCUGACCCCGGCAAGGGCUGCACUCCGCAAUGCAGAAGGAUUUCUUGCAAGGCUCCAAACAGAUCCGCGAAUUACCAGUCUAGACGCUCUGCAAUGUGUCGAGCGCACUCUAAAUGCUGCGAUUAUAAGCGUCCGGGACCAGUACAAUUCCUCACGUCCGGUCAACUGUCUGCCACCGGAGAUCCUUCGAUAUAUCUUUCGUCAAGUCCUCGACCCGGUCAAAAUGGGUGAUGGCAUGUUCAUGUGGCCCUCUGCGCUGAGAUCGACGAAGGGUCUCCAAGAAUUAUCGUUUGUCUGUCAUCUUUGGCGGCAGAUCACUCUAGACGAUUGCUUCCUGUGGAGCCAUAUACACAUCGGUCAGCUUUAUGGCCCCACGACGGAUAUGUUUCUGCAACGUUCCGCUCGAGUGCCGCUCAAGGUGUGCAGUCUCGCACAAGGCAGACGCCCAUUCGUGGAGACACUUUCCCGCGUCGAACGUACCAGAAUCGAAGAGCUGUGUAUCAGUUCUCCCUCGAAUCCUCAUUUUUAUACCAGCUUCGCCGCUCCAGCUCUACGACGGCUGACUUUGCAAUCCACCGUUGAUGCCGACGUGCCAUAUCUAGUCGAACUUUUCCGGGGCGCGAUCCCGCAAUUGUGCGCAAUGUCACUGCAUGCCGCAGUUUGGCUUCCGAGCAACUGUUUCCCGCGGCUCACACGGCUUUACCUCUCUUCCAAGCUCAAACCAGUGGCACCACAUGCACAUUGGACGCUCUCCGCCCUGUCUGCAUUUUUGUCCAAUUGCCCCGUCUUGGAGGCACUCAUCUUUGGAAAUAUCAAUCCUACUUUGGCAGCGGGUGAUGAAGCGCUUCCCGUCGUAAACCUGCAUCGACUCAGAAGUCUCAGCAUCAACUCGUCGGCCACGGCCGUCAUUCAGUGGCUCCUCGUUCACCUCCUUAUACCAGUGGAUGCAUCCAUCGGGUUUCGUCCCCGCCGGGAGGCCAACGACACUGUUUUGGACAUCCUUCUUUCCUUGCCUCGGCUGAAGGAUAUGCGGACGAUGCAUCUGCGAGCUACCGUGUUCGAUCCUGACAAAAUUCACAUAAUCACUUCCGUCUCCAAUUCGUCGUCUAGUACCUGCCUCGAGAGCACGAUCCAAGAUUAUACAAAAAAUGUUCAGGAUGAGGAAUCCACAUCGCGCGUGCAGACCAACCCCGCCGCUAUCGGCCAGUUUUCUGGGAUCACACACCUUCACGUUGCAGACGGUGGAUGGGUUCAGAAAUUCGUCAACUUCCCGGCGCUGUUCAUGAUACUGCCGUACCUGUCGUUCCUCGAGUACGAGAAGGGCGAUAACGACCUCCUUCCGCUCCUACUCAAGGGUCUCCUUCCUCCCGACGAUCAUUCCGUCGCUGCGCCAAUACCCUGCAAGUCCCUCACGAUCUUGAAAGUCUCUAUGGGAGACAUCUCAGCGAUGUUUGAGAGCAUCGUUGAGUUCGCAAAUAAUCGUCAUCGAAUCGGAUAUCCUCUGGCCAAAUGCAUUGUGCUCAAUCCCGCGAUCGAGCUUGAUGAUAUGAGAAUACUGAAACAGUAUGUCGAGACGGUUGAAGUCCGUUUCUCUUGCCCGUUGUGGUAG